AUGGUUGAGGAAGCGGCAAAAAGGAGAGCCGCCGGAAAGGCAACGCUCAAGGUGUUAGCCAAGGAAGACAAGAAGAGAGAGAGAGAGAGAGAGAGAGAGAGAGAGAGAGAGAGAGAGAGAGAGAGAGAGAGAGAGAGAGAGAGAGAGAGAGAGAGAGAGAGAGAGCGAGAGAAGAAAGAGAGGAAAACGACGCAACAAGGAGCAAGCGCAAGCAUACAAGUGCCAGCAGCAGCGCCAGCAGCACAACAGCAACAACAGCAGCAGCAGCCAAGCGAGGAAAAAGGAGGCACUGAAGACGACCGCUUUGCCGAGGAGCCGGAGGCUCCAGGCGAAGAACAACAGAGGGCGAUAGUGCCGAAGAGCCCAGACCAGCCAACGGCUGACCAGAUCGCACAGCACGAAGCCUCGGGGCACGCGGUGCACCGUUCCUGGUGCGUCCACUGCCAGAGAGCGCGAAAGAUGGUGAAUCCACAUUACCGGAUUCGGAGAGCCGAACUUGAGACAUCUUUGCCGACGCUACACAUGGACUACUUCUUCCUGGGCAAAGAAAAGCAGGAAGACGACGUGAUGCCGCACCUGGUGGUUCGGUGCGACAAAACGCAGCGCACUUGGGCAACUUCGUUGCCCGAGAAAGGCACGCAUGCGUACAACGUCACGUGGUUGGCCAGCGUGAUACGCGAGGCCGGAUGGAAGAGGAUGUGCUUAUUCUCAGAUAAUGAACACGCCCUCCGUGCGCUCAAACUCAAGGCCUCCGAAGAAGUCCAAAAUGUAGUGUUCGACUUGAGAGAGAGUCCUACAAGUACGGAACACGAGAAUGCGCCAUCGAACGGCAUAGCCGAGGCCGCAGUGAGAGAGGUGAAGCGAAUGGUCCGAGCUAUCCUGUCGGAGCUGGAGACAAAGCUUAAGAUCGAGGUGGGCGUGGACCACCCAAUUCUCGCCUGGAUCGCAAGGCAUGCAGCGUUCUUGAUGACACGUUUUCGCAUUGGCGAAGACGGGAAGUCAGCUUACGAAAGGACGCUGGGCCGACCGUGGAGGCGACCUACCAUUGUCUUUGGCGAACAGGUGAUGUUCAAGCCAGUUGGUUCGAAACACAAGCGAGGAAGCCUAGAUGCAAGAGUUUGCAUGGGACGUUACGUCGGAACUGCGUCGAGGAACGCAGACUUGCUGAUCAUGACGUCCGAGGGUAUAUCCCGGGGCCACUCCUUGCACAGGAGGCCCGAGGAUGAGAAAUGGCCUGUUGAAGGUUUCGAAGUGCUACGCGGAUUGCCUUGGAGGAUGUCCGGUCCACAAGAGCGAGCGUCGCCCAACCGAGUCGGUAUGCCCGCUCUCGAAGGCGAACAACCCGCGCCACAACACCGAGACUUCAAGGCACGCAACCUGUACGUCAUGAAGUCCGACAUUGAGCUGUACGGCUACACGCCUCAGUGUCCGGGAUGCGAUGCGCAGCUGAUGGGUCUCCCGCAGCGAGCGCACAAUGACGAGUGCAGGAUGAGAGUGCAGAGAAGACUGCAAGAAACCGACGAGGGAAAAGAAAGAGUGAAAAGGGCCCAAGAGCGAGUUGAAAAGGACUACGGAAAGCGGGUCAAAAGAGACCAACCCGCGCUGGAAGGAAGACCUGCCCCCGACGCAAUGGAUGUUGCAGCAGAGGAAGCGGCAGGCGCACCUUUGUCCAGACCAAUGGAGGUCGAGGACCGCGCCGAGCCGAAACAGCGGAAGCGCGCAGCGUCCAAGGACGUCGAGGACCUUUACCGGGAAGAGCCCAGCACGAGGGCUACCGAUGGUCCAGAUGUCGAGGUCAUUGGAGUACACGUGCAAGGGGGAGCAAGUGGCUCUGCAGGACCCGGCCUGGACCACUCACGCCAACAAGCACGAGCAGAUGCAGAAAUGUACGACACAGCAACGGCGAAUCCGCCGCCAGCCAACGAGGAAGUGCGAAUGAACCUGAUUACGCGGAUGUUCGAACAAAAGGGGCUCAAGUGCAGCCCGACCGAAGCGAAGGCCAUAAACUCUAUGGUUCUACAGUUGGGAGGUAAUGGCAAUUCAGCUGUGCCCUGGAGCAUGGUGAAUGAAGGCAUUAUCUUGCCAAUGGACCAAGAGCCGCCGAUGUUCGCUCAGGCUGAGCAUUUGCGUUUCUUCGAAAAGCUGGAACAAGUGAAGCCAAAGCUUCUGGUGGGCAAGCUGCCCACUGGACCCUUCCAGUCAGUACAACGUGCUUUCGACAUGACCAACAAGAUUGGAGUCGAGACCAGACGCGGAAAUUUGAGGAAGGCCCGAUCUCAACUGGGGCUUUGCUUUGAGGCCUUCGAGGCACAGAAGGAAGCCGGAAACUACUUCCUCUAUGAGUGCCCAAGGGGAACUAAGUCCUGGGAGCAUGAACUUGCUCAAAGGAUGGGUUCGUACUUGGUUGAAGGCCCAAUGUGCAAGUGGAAAGUUGACGAAAGUGGAAAAAUGAUUGCAGGCCAAUCCGGCAAGAAGCGAACCCGCUGGAUUACUAAUUCGGCGACGGUUGCAACAGCGCUGGAAAAGCUAUGCAAGGGCAAUGCGAAGGUGUGGAACCGAACGCUAAGCUUCAAGGAGGGGAUCGUGACGGCCAAGGCCGAGUAUCCUCCGAAGCUUGAAAGAGCACUACUGGCAGGAGUGCGAGCACAACUGGUUCUGGAUGGAGACAUGAAGGAGGUGGGCCAUGUGGGUGGACCUGACCCACACGAGGAGCCACCGCUCGAAGAGUAUCUCCAUGAUACCUUACCCAAGGCUGGGCAGCUUCACGUAAGCGAGCCCGUCAUAGACGCAAACACAGGGGCACAACUUGAUGCCAAAAAGGUUGCGGAAGCAAGAGCGUCAGAACUUGCCUGGGUGAAAAAGCAAGGUGUGUACGAGAAAGUCGAAGAGAGCGUGUGUUGGGACGAAACAGGUCGUCCGCCCAUAACCUUGAAGUGGGUAGACCGCAACAAAGGGGAUGAUGUUCGGGAAAACUACCGCAGUCGUUUGGUAGUCCGCGAGGUCAAGUCACAGGGACAAGCGGCGUUGAUACCAGACUACGCGCUGUUUUCCUCAAUGCCACCUCUGGAAGGAUUGAAGAUCCUAUGCAGUCUGCUGACGACACUCAAGAGGUCAAAGGGCGGAAAGAAGCUCACGCUGAAGCUGACAGACAUAUCACGUGCACACUUCUAUGGAAAAGCAGAACGACGUGUGUUUGUCACACUUCCCGAGGGAGAUGAAGCUCCCGGCUUUUGUGGUCUGUUGAAACGGACCAUGUAUGGCACCCGUGAUGCCUCAGCUGUAUGGCAGAGAUCGUACACAAGCCUGUUACGCAAGCACGGGUUUGUCGUGGGAAAAGCAUAUCCGUGUACCUUUUAUCAUGCCGAAGCCGACGUGAGAUUAUUGGUGCAUGGGGAUGAUUUCCUAGUCUUGGCAGACGAAGAUGGACAUCGCUUUGUAGACAAAGUACUGUCUGAAGAGUACGAGUUCAAGUGUGAUGGCCACAUAGGACCUGAGUGUGAAAAGGAUAGCAUGACUGUCCUGAACCGGGUCGUGAGCUAUGACAGCCAGACAGGAACUGUUACGUACGAAGCGGAUCCAAGGCACGCGGAAGCCCUAGUACGCGACCUUGGCCUGGAGUCUGCGAAGGCGGCCAAAACGCCAGCAGAAAAGAAAAAGGGAAGUGACCUGAAAGCGAUGCUUGAAGCACAGCCGUUGAAUGCCGAACUUCAGAAAGCAUAUCGGUCUCAUACGAUGAGGGCAGCGUUCCUUGCGCAGGACCGUCCAGACAUUGCCGAGGCUACGAAGAGCUUAGCACGGCACAUGAAAGAACCCACAGAGUGGGCAUGGGCCGAUCUGAAGAGGCUUGUCCGCUACUUACGCGGAAAUCCACGGCUGAUCUACGAGUACCACCCGCAACGGUUCAGCAAAGCGAUUGUGAUGUACUGCGACUCAGACCACGCUGGUUGCCUCAUCACGCGGAGGUCAACCACGGGACUAGUGACAAUGCUUGGAUCGCACUGCGUGAAACACUCAAGCAACGUGCAAAGCACGAUCUCCCUUUCGAGUGGAGAGAGUGAGUUUUACGCUAUAGUUCGAGCAGGGUCAAUAGGUCUGUCGCUACAGGCGAUGCUAGAAGACUGGGGAUUAAAGGUCGGUCUGCGGAUUCGAUCUGAUUCCUCGGCGGCCCGAGGCACUACCCAGCGCCAGGGCCUGGGUCAAGCACGCCACGUGCAAACAAGAUACUUGUGGGUGCAAGAGAAAGUCGCCACGCGAGCUCUGGAGCGUGUAGGCACGGAGAAGAACUACUCCGACAUCUGCACCAAACCAAUGCCCGAAGUGGCAAUGCUCAAACACCUCAAGAACAUGGGAUUGCGUUUUCAUGUUGGACGAGCCGGAGCAGCCAAACGGCUCGUGUGA